CUGCAUCCUUAGCGCAAGUGUAAAGCCUCAUGGGUAGGUUACCAACGUCCUUGUCCUACCAAGCGCACACCGACUGCCUUCACGCAAGGGUUUGAGGGUCUCUGUCAUUCGCUUGAACCUAAAUAAAAUCUGAUUUUUCAGACAUGAUGGCAGCAAGAUUUCUCCGCCGUGCUCUCCCCGUGCUGAGGCAAGCUCGCUCCUACGCUGAAGCCGUCUCCGGGUCCCCGCAGAUGUCCUUCACUUUCGCCUCCCCGACACAGGUGUUUUUCAAAGAGGCCAGUGUGAAACAGGUUGACGUGCCCACACUCACUGGUGCGUUCGGUAUCCUUCCUGCCCACGUACCCACCCUGCAGGUGCUUCGGCCCGGUGUUGUCACAGUCUUCAGUGACGACGGCUCCCCUGCCAAAUACUUUGUGAGCAGUGGGUCAAUAACAGUCAACGCUGAUUCUUCAGUGCAACUGCUAUGUGAGGAGGCUGUUGCUUUGGACCAGCUGGACAUUGCUGUUGCCAAGGCCAACCUGGAAAAGGCCCAGUCUGACUUGGCCGGCACAUCUGACGAGGCGGCGAGGGCAGAAGUUCAGAUCAGCAUAGAGGCCAACGAGGCCAUCGUCAAGGCCCUGGAGUAGACCUGUGGUAAUCAAUUGUGUUUCUUUGGAAAUGAAUGGUCAAUCUGUGUUUCCAGCUCCGUCACGUCAGUGUCCAGAAGAUUCCAUGCUUGCUUUGUACAGUGGAUAAAAUUACAAAAUAAAUUUAUUAGGAAAUACCUG